AUGACAACAAAGCAGCUGGAUAAGAUCUUGCUUCCGGAUCUUCUCAAACCCGUGUCCAAGCUUCGGCAUGGCGAGCUGCAGAGCUUUCUCGGCCUGGAUUCCGUUGGAGCCAAAGUUGCCCUUCGAGGUCGCCACGAGGAGUUCCUCUUUACUUCCUUGCAUCAGCCUAGAGCAGAAGUCCAAUCCAGCCUUGCAGAGCUGCCGGCUCCAACGCAAUCCAUGAUGCAGGCCGUAGCUGCCGUUCCGGCAAUAGCGACGGGCAUCGUCCAAACAGCGUUCCCUCGCCUUUGGGGAAUUGUGCAGCCUAUCGUGGAUCCCUUCAGUGAUGAGAAGGAGGGUGACAAAGAGACUGGAUGGUGCAAGUUUCUUCCAAGAGUUCUCCGCGUGUUCUAUUGGUCGGAUGUUGCAACAGUUGCGACCUUGGCCCACAGCCUGUACUACGUUUGCGAUGUGCCUUUGAGGACAUGGCUGCUAGGCGGACUUCUGUUGGGCUUUCCUGUCAGUGACCUGGUGCACCGAAUGGUGAUGAAGGAUGAUCCAAGAUUCAAAGUCGUCCGCUUCACUAUCAAGAAGAUCCGCGGAAGCGCAGAUCCGGAGAAUUUCCAGCUGGACACGGUCGUGCUCUACAACAGGUGUGGUGGUGCGAUUCAUCGCUCGCUUGUGGAUGAGCGGCGCGAAGGAAAUUAUUGGUUUGUGGAGAUUCGUGAUGGCGCAGAGCUUGUCACGGGAUAUCAAAUUGUGACCCACAGGAUUGAGGGUCCGGAGUGUGAUCCUGCAUCUUGGGUUGUCGAGGGCUCGGUGGAUGGAGUCACUUGGCACAUGAUCGACGAGUGCAAAGGUGAGUCUCUUCCUCGGCAGCGCGAAACGGCUUCUGAGCAGUUUGACGACCUGAUGCACAUGCCGGAUGCACAGGCAGCUUUCCGGCAAGGCUUCCUGGCGGAAGUUGCAGCUUGUGCAGGCUCAUUUGCGUGGCUGAUACUCGGAACUUCUUGGGUAAGUGCCGGUACAGAGGCAUGUGUGGAUUCGGCGCCAUAUCUAUGGUACUGGUGCUAUUUUCUCGUUGUUGUCCUCUGGUCCUUCCUUGGAACGGUCACAAUCGGCCUGAUAACAUGUGCUGUGGCCAUGAUUCUCGUCGGCGGGAAGACUACAUAG